AUAAGUCAAGAAAUUUCAGAUAAUAUGUUUGAUGAUGAGGAUGAGGUAGAUGAGAAUGAUAUGGUUCUGGAACAUGGAGCAUUAGAGGAAACCCUGGUAGACCCGGAAACUGGAAUACACUUUUAUCAGCUUCAGACUGAGAAUACAUUAGAGAGCAUAGAUUCGCAACCAAACUUUCUCAGUUCUCAAAACUGGAAUGAGCGGAGAUCUGUGAUUCAGGAAAACCCGGCUCAGUUUCACCGUUCUACGGAGAACCCAACUCAAUCCAUCCGUACUACGGAGAACCUGGAACAGUCUCUCCGUCCUGCGGGAAACCCAAACCAAUCCCCCCGUCCUACUGAGAACCAAAAUUUACGCUUGAGAAGAGAAGAUAAUAAACCUGAACUUGUUUUCAGUCCCGAAGGAAACGAAGGAUUUAUGUUUACAAAUUUCUCUCAUGAACCUGUGGAACCUGCGAGCAGUACGCCUAGGGAACUAAAUGAAGAGAUGUUUAUGAAACGAUACAAUUACUCAUCAAACCUGGAGUUUGGGAACCAGAACCUUAGAAACCCUAGGUCGGAUAAAAUUGAGGAGAAGAUAAACAGUGUUAAAACUGCUUUCAACAAUCUCAAGUUAACACCACGUGAUACGUUCUCAGAUAUACCUUUUGAAGAAUCAUUUACCAGUGCGGGGAGCACAGCCUCGCCCCGCUCCGGAGGAUAUUAUACGGAUAGAGCAACCUCGCCCUCGGCAGCCUCGGUAACCUCAGUUCAAUCUGUGUCCAGUCAAGUUUCAGUAUCUGGCAGAAGAUUUCUUGAGUGGGAUUACGGAUCCGACCUGGGUUAUGUUGACGGUCAGCUCACGCAGAUAGAAGCUGCCAAGUCUCUCUCAACCCUGGAGAAACUAGCAAUCGGAAACUAUUCAGAGUAUCUCAAGGAUUCGGAUGAUGAGCAGAACCAUCUCCGACGUGGAUACGGAAGCAGGUUCCCUCCGGAUACUUUCUACGAUGAAACAAACGUAAGAAUGAAGAAGUUUGCUGAGAGUUUAAUGCGCCAACGUCAAGUACGCGAACAAGAGCGGUCUCGUCAGGAAAGAAGAUCAAAUUCGAAAGAGCGGAAGUCGAGUAGUCCACGGAGAUUUGAGAAAAGAAACAAGUCCAAGGAAAGAUCAGGGACGGAACACAAGGAUGAGUUGAGGUUGAUGGAGCAAGGAGCAUAUUCUCUCCCCGUGAUCCUGACUAAAAACUCCGAUAAGUCAACUUCGGAGGUUGGAUCUUCUCCGGAGAAACGGAGAGCAGGGAAGAAGAAGCGAAGUAAAAUCCGCAAAUCUUCGUCCAUGACAGAAAUAUCCGAGGUAUCUCGGGAUAAUGAGAUCAACAAGCGUUCUUCAAGUAAUGUCCAGCUAACCCUUCAGACCAAAACCAGGAAAGAGUCCUGUUCCAACUCCUCAAGUUCUUCCAGAACUUCACAAACCGUGCCCAGUUCUUCGCAGUACCAGGAGCAGGAAGUGGUUCUACCGGCUCAUCUUCAGGAUCUAUCAAUAGAAACAGAAGAUCAUCAAAAGGAAAGUACAAAGUUUGUGUCUCAGAGUUCUAAACUGAGUUCUCAAUCUCGACAAUCUUCUAAACGAUCAAUCAGCAACUCAUUUGAAACCGUGAUUGCUGCAGAGCCGUGUUCGUCAAGUGGAAAGGAUUCUAUAGAUACAGAGGAGGAGAUUCAUCUUGGUCUACUUCAUAACCCUGCUCCAGGUAGGAGGAGAGAACAGGACGGACGUAAUGCUUGGACGGAUAAAUCCUCUGAAGAGCGAGAUCUCCGGGUUUACAGCUCUGUACCCUCGACUUCGGACGAGGAGAACGGACGCAGGAGAAGGUUGGCGGAGAGAGGAACCGGGGGAGAUACAAGCACUAUGGAGUCCGUUCAGAUGAUUGACCGAGCAAAGAGUUUUGAAUAUAUUCCCGGUGAGUCAUUUCCUCUGCAGGAAAACUCUUCAAGUUACGAAUACCUCCCAGGGCACCUGGUACCGGAGCAGAGACCUCCAACAGUUCUAAAUCUGGAACUGGAUAAAUUACCCGGAGUCAGAAAAUCCUCUAGUUCCUCUGGAGCCAGAAACUCUGCCAACCUCCCGGAGAAACCCCAAGAAUCUGAACCUGGUCAAUCCAACCUAGAUAGAAUAUCUCUAGAGCUCCGCGGGAAAUCUAAAGAACUUCUUGCAGCAAACCUGACUCAGACUAAAUACUUCUUUAAGAAAUUAAAACGUUACAUUGACUUCCUCUCAACUCCGUCCUCAACCCUCUCCGAGUGCAGGAUGAAACAGCAUCUUGCAUCCAAGAUUUCAAGGUUACUCUCCUCCGAGGAAACUAGGUUAGAGAUGAGCAGUGAGUUGAGCCGAGGUGAGUCUAGUGCAUCCUGUCUCUCCGUCCUUCAAUCCGAACCCUGCUCCUACAGUAGUAAUAUCCCUGCUAGAACCAGUAAACCGGAGAGAUCGAAACGAAAUGAUCCAGUUUCAGAUGACAGCAGUCUUCUCUCCGGGGCGGGAAAUAUGCAGAACUGGAAAACGUCCAAGACAAGGUCAGAGGAAAAGUUUGAGAAAAGAGAGAAGCAACCAUCUGCUCCUCCUCAACCCAUCCCUCCCUCCGGACCCUCAAACCCCCCGAGAGAUGUCGAGUAUGUCGAAGCUCUGAACAGAAAAAGAACCGAGCAUUUAAAAAACUUAAAACGAGAAAUAAAAAUCUUGGAGAAGAUUGAACGAAAACUCUCUAAAGAUCCAAUCUCACCCUCAUCAGAGUCUUUAACUCUUCAGCUGCUGGAGAGUCCAACUAGAAAACUAACAUUUGUCAAGAACUCUGGCGGCCGGGGGAAUGAUUCCACUACCAUUACGGAGAACUUUCAAGAGUCUCGGGAUUCUCCGGAUAAGGGCGGAGGGCACGGAGCAGGACCCACCAGUGUUAUUGAAGAUCCUGAGAUACACAUCCAAGCAUCACGUUCGGAUAUUUCCUCCAGACUCUCUUUAAUAAGCGAAAAAAGUAAAAGAUCUGUUCGGAAGAAUUCUAAGAUUGUAUCCCACACAGAGACUAUCCAUCUUCAUGCCAAGUUUGAUUCCAUUACAACGGAGGAGAGUUUAAUGGGAGCUCCAUCCCAGGAUCGGAGUCAAUCUGACAUUUCUCCGUCCCUCCCCUCCUCCUCUCUCCGAUCUAAUAUAUCCAGCUCCGGAACCUCAGAGUAUAUUUUACAGAGAACUCAGCAUUGGAACAAGGAGAACAGGAAGGCAAGGACGAAUAAGGCUGGAUCCUUAAAUCAAUUUACGAAGAGCACCAAACCCGUAGCCUACUAUCUUCCCGUAAAUAGUAUGAGCCCUAUCAGAAUAGGUACCCGGAUACUUAGAGAAUCUUCACAGAACAGGCGUCAAGGAACACAUAGUUAUAAAAACCGGAAUAUUAUGAGCAUGUAUAUGGCAUCUAUAGACAAUAAUGAAAGACCGCGUGUGACUAUACCCAGUAGACCUAGAGAAGAUGUCACAAAACCUACAAAACUAUCCCUCCAGGACGCUCUACUCACAAAGCGACCAAACUUUGUCAAACGCUCCGAGAGACGGGUUCAAGUACUCAGACGUAUCCGAGAGAAAAGAGAAGAGCGGGCGAAGAAGCAUGAAGUCUGGUUGAAUAGUAUCCGAUGUUUGAGUCCGAACUCGAGGAAGGAUGUCCGUCCUGUGUUCUCUCCGAGUCCUGCAAUUCGUCUUUUCUCCCAUAAGGAGAUGGUUUCUUCAACUAAACACAAAUAUUCAACUCUACCUGAAGUUAUAAACAAGAAGGAAUCCUCUAGGAAGGAAGGACAGAGUGAAACCAAUAGAUUAAGAAAGGAUAUUUACAGCAGACAGUUAAAGAGAAGGUUACACAACGGAAAAGUAUCGUUGAACCAUCAUGAUAGAAUAUUUUAAUAAUAAUUUUAAGUAAACAACUCUUAACUGUGUGUUCCUUUAUACAUUUUUGUAGUCUCUUCUUUAACAUUUUGGCCAGGUUUUUGGAGUCCAUUUUACAGGUCAAUCGUUCAUUCCUUGCCCCCUCCCCCUUCCAUCCCUUCAAACUUACUUGUAAACUUGGAGAGUAGAUGGUGUAGCUCCCGCUAGGGGCAUUCAGCAACAUCUUUUCACCACAGUCUUCUUCUGGGAAUCUGGUCAUUCUCUAAAGAUUAGUUCAUCUCAGAUAGAUUUCUUUUAAAUAUCUUGAUAUUUUGGGACUCUCUAAUUGUGAUGGGUAACUGUCGGAUUUCACUACUUUGUUCAUAACCUUGAAUAGAGAUAGUUGAGUCACAUAUAGAGUUAUUACACCAGGACUCGGUGACUAGUAUAAUAGAUGGUUUCAGGUCAUUACUAACAACUUGAAGUUCAUUUAGUUUCCUAAUUAUACUUUGUGCAGUGAGAUAGAGAAUACUUAGUGUCUCAUGUUCUUGGUAGGGUUCUGCUCCUCCAUUCUCAUUAUAUCCUCCUUCUCUCUCUGGUCCUCCAAACCAAAUACAAAGGAUAAGACCAAGCAAGAAAAUAUUGAAGUAUGAGUCGUCAUUAGUGUCUCAUACUUUGUGGGUACCCCUGUAACAGUUUAAGGUUUAGUUUUCUCAAGCCGUAUUUAUUUUGUCUGUUUUUGCUACAUUUUUACAUUUUCAUAUGUAUUUUGUACAGAUCUGCAAUCUGCAUUAGUCAUGGUUUAAUAUUAUUGUAAAUUAUAAAUUGAAUAAAGAUGAAACAAGAUUAAA